AUGUUCCAAUUGAGCAGAACACUGGUGGCAGCCAGUUUGGUCUCGCUACUUGGUCACUGCUCUUUGGUAACGGCUCAAGAGCCCACAAGUACAGAUGCAAUUGCCGUGGAUGGAACUACGUUUGCCCUUAAUGGCGACAAUGUCUCUUAUCGGUUCCGUGUGGACAACAGUACUGGGGAUCUGUUAUCAGACCACUUCGGUGGAAGCGUGACGGGCCCCAUCCCCACAGAGAUUGUGAGCGCAGUGAAUGGCUGGGUUGGAGUGCCAGGCCGCACCCGCAGGGAAUUCCCGGAUCAAGGCCGAGGGGACUUCCGUAUGCCGGCCAUUCGCAUCCGGCAGACUGAAGGGUACACAGUGUCAGAUCUCCAGUACCAGUCCUAUGAGAUCAAGCGUGGGAAACCAGCUUUGCCAGGUCUGCCGUCAACAUUUGGAACUGAGAAAGAUGUCACUACGCUCGUGGUGCACCUGUAUGAUCACUACAGUGAUGUUGCUGCGGCUUUGUCUUACUCAAUCUUUCCCAAGUAUGAUGCGAUUGUGCGCAGUGCCAGUGUUACGAACAAAGGCAAGGGUAAUAUUACCGUUGAGUCUCUCGCUAGUAUCAGUGUGGACUUCCCUUAUGAGGAUUUGGAUAUGAUCAGCUUGAGAGGUGACUGGGCACGAGAAGCCCACCGUGAACGGAGAUCGGUUGAAUACGGCACCCAAGGCUUUGGAAGCUCAACGGGUUAUGCCUCACACCUGCACAACCCGUUCCUCGCGCUUGUGGACCCAGCUACUACUGAAGCUUCCGGCGAGGCAUGGGGUUUCUCGCUCGUGUACUCCGGAUCAUUCUCCGUCGAUGUGGAAAAGGGCUCCCAGGGCUUCACGCGCGCCAUGCUCGGGUUCAAUCCUGGUCAGCUAUCAUGGUCGUUGGCACCGGGUGAAACUCUGAACUCGCCAGAGUGUGUUGCCGUCUAUUCCAGCAAUGGAGUCGGUGGCAUGUCCCGCUCCCUGCACCGUCUGUACCGCAACCAUCUCAUCAAAAGCAAGUUUGCGACCGACGAUCGCCCACCUCUUCUGAACAGCUGGGAAGGACUCGGCUUUGACUAUAACGCAACCAGCAUCUAUCAGCUAGCCCAGGAAUCAGCCGAAUUGGGGGUCAGAAUGUUUGUGCUAGACGACGGUUGGUUUGGUGACAAAUAUGCUCGCACUUCAGACACUGAAGGCCUCGGCGACUGGGUACCCAAUCCUCGGCGAUUCCCUGAUGGUCUAGCCGAUACCGUGAAUAACAUCACUGAUCUUAAGUCCGGUAAUACCUCGACCAACCUACGCUUUGGCAUCUGGAUGGAACCUGAAAUGGUCAACCCGAACUCCAGCCUCUAUCGCGAACACCCUGACUGGGCACUUCAUGCAGGACCGUACCCGCGCACACAACGACGAAACCAGCUGGUACUCAACCUCGCUCUACCGGAGGUCCAGGAAUUCGUAAUCGAGUCCGUCUCCAACAUCCUCAACACCGCCAACAUCUCAUACGUGAAAUGGGAUAACAAUAGAGGUAUUCAUGAGAUGCCUUCCCCCUCCACCGAUCACGCAUACAUGUUGGGAAUCUACAAGGUCUUUACAAAUCUCACUACCCAGUUCCCCGACGUCCUUUGGGAAGGCUGUGCCUCGGGCGGAGGCCGCUUCGACCCAGGUGUCCUACAGUUCUUUCCUCAGAUCUGGGCGUCGGACGAUACGGACGCUAUUGAGCGUAUCACCAUCCAAAUGGGAACUUCCCUCGCCUACCCACCUAGCGCUAUGGGCGCACACUUAUCCGCCGUUCCAAACCAACAAACCGGUCGGACAAUACCUGUCGCUUUCCGCGGACAUGUCGCCAUGAUGGGCGGAUCAUUUGGGUUAGAACUUGACCCGGCUACCACGCCCGAAGCGGACAAAGCUGCUUUACCGGGACUAAUUGCGCUUUCUGAGAAGCUCAAUCCGCGGGUGGACCACUCUAUUCCUUGGAUCAAGAUGCAAGGGUUGGCUCCUGAGGCUAUGUACAGUGUGGAAGGGAAGGGAACAUACUCUGGUGCGACAUUGAUGAAUAUUGGAUUGCAAUUCCCCUUCGAUACCGACUACGGCAGCAAGGUCGUUUUCCUCGAGAAACAAUGA